GGGUGGGAGGAGACGGCGGCGGAGGAGGAGAAGGGGGAGGAGGGAGAACCCCGUGCAACGUUGGGACUUGGCAGCCCGCCUCCCCUGCCCAAGGAUAUUUAAUUUGCCUCGGGAAUCGCGACUUCCAGAGGGGAACUCGGGAGGAAAGGCGCGCGCGCGCCUGGAGAGGCGACGCAGGGAGCCCCCCGAACCCCCCGGCGGCCGCCGCCUUUCCCGGCGUGGGACUUCAGCGGCGGGGCAGCGAGAGAUGCAUCUUGGCUCCUUCCUGGCUUGCGGUGGCUGAGACGAGACUUGGAUUUGGGAGACUUGGGGCUGCAUCCACCCCAGACGAACUGCCUCUCCCUCCCACCCACCACCCCCCGGGGGCACGAAACGUCCUGAAACUCCGGCGGGGCUCUCUCUCUCUCUCUCUCUCCCUCUCUCUCGCUCUUCCCUUUGGCGCAGCCACUGCGUUCUCCUUCAGCCGCCCCUUCGCGGGGCGAGGAGCCGCCGUGGAUCUCGCAGCCGGGGGUUUCUGCCGUCUCCAGCCCCGUUUGCAUGUGCGGGGCCGCGGCCGGGAGCCACCGCCCCCCCACUCGGUUGUUUUUCGGCGCCGGCCUGUGCUCCCCGGCGGUGGCGGCCGCAGCAGCAUGGCGAGCCCUCCGGAUGCCGCCGAUGGCUUCUCGGACGUGCGCAAGGUGGGGUACCUGCGCAAACCCAAGAGCAUGCACAAGCGCUUCUUCGUGCUGCGGGCGGCCAGCGAGGCCGGGGGCCCGGCGCGCCUGGAGUACUACGAGAACGAGAAGAAGUGGCGGCACAAGUCGAGCGCCCCCAAACGCUCGAUCCCCCUCGAGAGCUGCUUUAACAUCAACAAGCGAGCCGACUCCAAAAACAAGCACCUGGUGGCUCUCUACACCCGAGACGAGCACUUUGCCAUUGCGGCAGAUAGCGAGGCCGAGCAAGACAGCUGGUAUCAGGCGCUUCUGCUGCUGCACACCCGUGCCAAGGGCUACCACGAUGGGAGCAGCGCGGGCUCCGGGGCCGGGGGCAGCUGCAGCGGCAGCUCCGGCGUGGGGGAAGCCGGGGAGGACCUGAGCUUCGGAGAGACGGCCCCGGGACCCGCCUUCAAGGAGGUCUGGCAGGUGAUCCUGAAACCCAAGGGCCUGGGGCAGACAAAGAACCUGAUUGGCAUCUACCGCCUCUGCCUGACCAGCAAGACCAUCAGCUUCGUGAAGCUGAACUCCGAGGCGGCCGCCGUGGUGCUGCAGCUGAUGAACAUUCGACGCUGCGGCCACUCGGAGAACUUCUUCUUCAUCGAGGUGGGCCGUUCUGCCGUGACGGGGCCCGGCGAGUUCUGGAUGCAGGUGGAUGACUCGGUGGUGGCCCAGAACAUGCACGAGACGAUCCUAGAGGCCAUGCGCGCCAUGAGCGACGAGUUUCGCCCUCGGAGCAAGAGCCAGUCCUCCUCCAACUGCUCCAACCCCAUCAGCGUGCCCCUGCGCCGCCAUCACCUCAACAACCCCCCGCCCAGCCAGGUGGGGCUGACGCGCAGGUCGCGCACCGAGAGCAUCACGGCCACCUCUCCAGCCAGCAUGGUGGGCGGGAAGCCGGGCUCCUUCCGCGUGCGCGCCUCUAGCGACGGCGAAGGCACCAUGUCCCGGCCGGCCUCGGUGGACGGCAGCCCCGUGAGUCCUAGCACCAACCGGACCCACGCGCACCGGCAUCGGGGCAGCUCCAGGCUGCACCCCCCGCUCAACCACAGCCGAUCCAUCCCCAUGCCUUCCCGGUGCUCCCCAUCCGCCACCAGCCCGGUCAGCUUGUCGUCCAGUAGCACCAGCGGCCACGGCUCCACUUCCGACUGCCUCUUCCCAAGGCGGUCCAGCGCGUCCGUGUCCGGCUCCCCGAGCGAUGGCGGGUUCAUCUCAUCCGACGAGUAUGGCUCCAGUCCUUGUGAUUUCCGAAGUUCCUUCCGCAGCGUCACCCCGGAUUCCCUGGGCCACACCCCACCGGCGCGGGGAGAGGAGGAACUGAGCAACUAUAUCUGCAUGGGUGGCAAGGGGGCCUCCACGCUGACCGCUCCCAACGGCCACUACAUCCUGCCCCGUGGGGGCAAUGGCCACCGCUACAUCCCGGGCAGCGGCCUGGGCACCAGCCCGGCCUUGGCGGUGGAGGAAGCCGCCGGGGCUGCAGACCUGGAUAAUCGCUUCCGGAAGAGAACCCACUCGGCCGGCACGUCCCCCACCAUCUCCCACCAGAAGACCCCCUCGCAGUCCUGCCUGGCCUCCACGGACGAGUACACGGAGAUGAUGCCCGCCUACCCGCCGGGAGGUGGCAGUGGAGGCCGACUGCCCGGCUACCGCCACUCGGCCUUCGUGCCCACCCACUCCUACCCCGAAGAAGGGCUCGAGUUGCACCCCUUGGAGCGUCGUGGGGGCCACCACCACCACCGCCCCGACAACAACGCCGCCACCCUCCACACGGACGACGGCUACAUGCCCAUGUCCCCAGGGGUGGCCCCUGUGCCCAACAGCCGCAAGGGGAACGGGGACUACAUGCCCAUGAGCCCCAAGAGCGUGUCUGCCCCCCAGCAGAUCAUCAACCCCAUGAGACGCCACCCCCAGCGAGUGGACCCCAAUGGCUACAUGAUGAUGUCCCCCAGCGGCAGCUGCUCCCCCGACAUCGGAGGCGCCUCCAGCAGCAGCACCAGCAGCAACGUCAGUGCUGCCCCUUCUGGGGGCAGCUAUGGGAAGCUCUGGACAAAUGGGGUAGGGGGUCACCACCCCCAUGCCCUGGCGCACCCCAAGCCCCCUGGGGAGAGCGGUGGUGGCAAGCUCUUGCCUUGCACCGGUGACUACAUGAAUAUGUCACCCGUGGGGGACUCCAACACCAGCAGCCCCUCCGACUGCUACUACGGCCCCGACGACCCCCAGCACAAGCCAGUCCUCUCUUACUACUCGUUGCCAAGGUCCUUUAAGCACACCCAGCGCCCCGGGGAGCCAGAGGAGGGUGCCCGCCACCAGCACCUCCGCCUCUCCUCUAGCUCUGGUCGCCUUCUCUAUGCCACCACAGCCGAAGAUUCUUCUUCUUCUACCAGCAGCGACAGCCUGGGUGGGGGUCACUGUGGGGUGAGGCCCGAGCCUGGGCUCCCACAUCCCCCCCACCAUCACGUCUUGCAGCCCCAUCUGCCACGGAAGGUGGACACAGCUGCACAGACCAACAGCCGCCUGGCUAGACCCACCAGGCUCUCCUUGGGGGACCCCAAGGCCAGCACCUUACCUCGGGCUCGGGAACAGCCGCCCCCACCGCAGCCACCGCACCCUCCCGAGCCCAAGAGCCCAGGGGAGUACGUGAAUAUUGAAUUUGGAAGUGAGCAGCCUGGCUACUUAUCUGGCCCCAGGGCUUCCCACAGCUCGGGUCUCUCUGUCCGGUGUCCGUCUCAGCUCCAGCCAGCUCCCAGAGAAGAAGAGACUGGCACUGAAGAGUACAUGAACAUGGACCUGGGGCCAGGCCGGAGGGCAGCCUGGCAGGAGAGUGGGGCCCACGUCGAGGUGGGCAGAGUGGCUCCUGCACCUCCAGGGGCUGCCAGCGUGUGCAGGCCUACCCGGGCCAUGCCCAGCAGCCGGGGUGAUUACAUGACCAUGCAGAUGGGUCGUUCCAGUCAGAGCUACGUGGACACCUCCCCAGUUGCCCCUGUCAGCUAUGCUGACAUGCGGACCGGCCUUGCUACCGAGGACGUGAGCCUGCCCAGGGCCACAGCCGCCGCUCCCUCUUCCUCCUCCUCCUCCUCAGCCGUGUCUGCUUCUCCCAGUGAGCCUCAAGGAGCAGCCGAGCUACCUGCACCUGUGCACGCGUCCUUACUGGGGGCCCCACAGGGUCCUGGGGGCAUCAGCGCCUUUACCAGGGUGAAUCUCAGUCCCAACCGCAACCAGAGUGCCAAAGUGAUCCGUGCAGAUCCGCAAGGGUGCAGGAGGAGGCACAGCUCGGAGACCUUCUCCUCAGCACCCACUGCCACCCGGGCUGGCAACACGGUGCCGUUCGGAGCAGGGACCGCAGUGGGGGGCAGUGGCGGCGGCAGCGAGGAGGUCAAGCGCCACAGCUCUGCUUCCUUUGAGAAUGUGUGGCUGAGACCCGGGGAGCUAGGGGGAGGCCCCAAGGAGACUGCUCCAGGGUGCGGGGCUGCCGGGGGAGUGGAGAAUGGUCUCAACUACAUAGACCUGGAUUUGGUGAAGGACUUCAAGCAGCGCCCUCAGGAGCGCCCCCCUCCGCAGCAGCCUCCCGCCCCCCCAGCCCCCCAUCAGCCCGUGGGCAGCAGUGAAGGCCGCUCCACCAGCCGCUCCAGUGAGGAUCUGAGCACCUACGCCAGCAUCAGCUUCCAGAAGCAGCCAGAGGACCGUCAGUAGCUCCACUGGGAGUCACAGCAGAAUGAAGACCUAAACAACCUCAGCAAAUCCUGCUUUAACUCAUGGGUACCCAGACUCUUAACUAUUUCAUGAUUCACAACCAGGACCUCACCUCUUCCUCCUCCGUAGAUGGUACGAUGCAUCCAUUUCCGUUUGUUUACUUUCUAUAAUCCUCAGGAGUUCACGGACGGAACUUGCACGUUCUCUAUUGUGCCAAGCAAAAAACAAAAUACACACACAACAAAAACCACCACCACCAAUAAAAAACAACAACAACAAAAGCACUGUGAUACCGGAACAAUGAGUCUGCGUCAACUUCAUCUUGAACCUUAUGGACUUGGCUGGUCACACUGAGCUGACAUGCCCACCACCAUGCUGUGGGAGAAUGAGUUCACUCUCAUUGCAGUGACGAGAUCGAUUUUAUCUGCUGCUGAAACUGCUCCAUGAAACACCAUUGUAAAUUAUUUCAUACAGAACUGUUCACGUUGGGUGGAGAAAGUAUUGGAUAUUUAACAUAGGUUUUGAUUUCUAUGUGUAAUUUUUUUUAAAGACAAUGUAACGUCUUAUAGCACAUCUUUUUUUUUUCUUUUCUUCUUUUUGAAUGUGGAAUCGAGACAUACAAUGUUCUGUUGUAAAGAAGAGUGGAGCAGAUGCUUAGAACAAGGCAGAAAAGCAUAGAAGAGGAUCUGAUCCUUGUUUUAAGACUGUAAUUCAGAAAAGUAAUAUACUAAGAAUCCUAGUGCCAUAGACGAUUCUCAAUUGUAUAGUUCUAUUUGCUGAUACUAUCUCUUGUAAUAUAAACUUGAUGUUGAGCUGAGUUCUUUACAAGAAUUAAUCUUAAUUUUGUAUUUUUUUCCUGUAAGACAAUAGAUCAUGUUAACUAAACUGAAGGAUAUAUUCUACUGGGGUAUUUCCAAGUGUCAGUUUAAAAUCAGUAAUUGAAUGGAAGCAGAAUUAUAAGAAAAAGAAACAAUAGUCUUCCAUUCAUUAUAUAUACUGUACAGAGGAGAGACAUGGAUGGGCCCUUCACAAACAAAGCUCUCUACGGAAUGAACGAUGUAGGUGUUUGUAAAUUCUGGGAAUGUCUUUCUCUUCAUAAUACACUAGAUGUUGUUGAGUUCUUCUCCUCCCCCCCCCCCCCAUUCUGUAAGCUUCAUGCUCCAUCUCCUCUAUUUUAUUUUUCUGUGUCUAUGUUAGGGUAUUUCAUUUCCUUCAUAGUCUUGAGAAGGUUGUUAAGACAAGCAAGUUCUUGCUAACCAGAAAUCAAUAUCCCAGAACUUUUUUCUUCUUUAACUCAUGGCCAGGACUACAUGUCACUUUCCUUAAGACCCUUAUCUCUUGUGUCCUGACAGCUUCCAAUAUUACAUGAUUUAGCUGAAUAUAGGUGGCUCAUUUUUCCUGAUGAGUGCUGAGUUACUAAAACCACAAAUGUGCGGAGAGCACAAGAAAGCAUAAGUAUCUCCUAUUGGAAGACCUAGCCAGCAGUACAAGUGUUAUUCCUCUUCUUGUUUGCAAAGUGUCUGUAUCUUGGAAUGCUUCCUUAUGAAACCAAAAUGGCCACACACCCAGCUUCAAGAUAGUAACCUGUAGAAUGUUGAAUCAUUUUGCCAGGAAACUUCCUAAAGGUGAAGUGAAUUCAUGCAAACAUCAGGCUCCCUCUGAGUCAGUGUGAACUGUAGAGCAGACAUUGCCAGCUCUGCUGUUAGAAGGAGCAAUACUUUAUUUCUGGGAAGAGUUGAGCUCCCUGGGUAGGGCUAUAGGGAAGGGGCAUUGCUGUAGCUGCUGCCCUGAUCAACUGGCUGGGGACCCCUGCUCUAUUCAGAAGGGAGUACAGAUGAAUAGACAUACUGCUGAGGCCCGUGUUACUGCUCAUUGAACCAGAUGGCAUGUACCUCACCGGCUGUUGUACAAUGUUCAUUGUUGCAGGUCUUAAUCAUUUGCAUGCUCAUCAGUUUCUAAAAUAAAUAGGUCUAUAGUCAUAAGAAUCCAUUGUUUCCAAGCAACCUGCUGAAUUCCAUCAUUUUCUACUUGUGGAGAAUCCCACCAAUUUGAAAAAUCUGCUAUGAAAGUUGUUUCUUACACUUGGGUUAAAAAAAAGAUUUUCAUAGUCUAAAUCACUUUUCAUUUUUCAAACAUUUUAUUUCUCUUGUUCGAGUAAGAAGAAAGCAAGGCAGUUGGUUUCUUUUUCUUUUGUUUUCUUUCUGGUUGUUUUUUUUUUUUUUUAAGGAAACUAGACUUUGCAUUUUACCAAGAUACCUCUGAAUGUGGGAUUAUCAACAUAUUUUGAGUGAGGAAAGAAAUGAAUGGACUGGAAAAUCCAUCUCUUGGUCUCUGACUUUUUUUGAGUCAAAUAGCAUGAAGGUGGAAGUUCUUAUCUAAGCUGCUCUAGAAGUACCUGAGCUGGGUUUAAUGGCAAUAUCAAACUUUACUGACUUAAAACUGGAAGUUGCUGGUAAUCAAGCCAAAAAAGCUCAUGCUCUGGCUACUUGAAGGGUUUACCUUAAGCACAUCAGCUGCUAAGUUCUUGUGUUCAGUUCCUGUUGAAGAAAGUUGGCUUUUAUGCAUUUCUGAGUAUUUGUAGGCCAGACAAGGGCUUACAUCCAUGGAGUUUCUAAUGGCCUCUAGUUAACCUAUCAGUUAGUGGCUUUUUCCUCAUGAAAUCAACUUUACCCAGUGUUCUUUCUUAGAGACUUAAGUGUAGUUUUAAAGUUCUCUUUUGCAAAAAACAGAUAUGCUUCCUGGCUUUGAUGAUGUCUUCAUUUUGGGAAAAAUGAACCCAAUGGGGGUGAGGAGAACCCAUUAAUGAUCAACCACUUGAGUCAAUAAUGACAAAUCAGUACUGAUGUUAGAUUUGCGGCUGACUCAAAGGUCAGGGACUCUCUCGAAUAAUCUAGUAACUGUAAACAUGGUUCUACUCAAAAUCAUCUAGCCAGAGUAGGGAUUUUUAACCUUUCUUUCCCUGGCUUUUAUCUUCGACCUGCCUUUUAAAUGUAUUACAGAGAAUUAAGUAACCAUGUUACUGUAUUGUAAGAAACAAUAUUUUACAGUAUCGUGCAUCUGCUCUAUUUAAUGACACAUCCUGUAGGCAAUCUACCAUGUAGCUGGGAACUCAUUUUCUACAGGUGGUUUAACCAUGGGGAGGAAGCUCCUCAUCCACAAACAGUAAGAGCCGUGACAGACAGUACAGCCGUGAAGUGCAGUGACUGGGUUACAGUGAUCCUAUCUAUUUGACUUGAGUUGUUUUGGCAGAACUCUACGUUAGAUCAUCACACAAGGAGAUUCUCAUACAAGGCGGUUCUCAAACCACACACUGGAAUUCGCACCUUCACUGGAGAGACAGGGACCUUUGGAAAGGCAUUUGAAGGAGAAUCGGUGGAAAUCAAAGAAAAAAUGGCUUCAUUUACAGUGACUAGACAGGAGUUUUAGAGUUCUUAAGACAAGGUGAUUGCUAGUAAGAAGUGAUGUCAUAUAUGGAGUGUGGGAAGCUUAGAAACAUGCCCUUCUAGGAGUGUGAGGAAACCAGCCUUGUUGAUACAAAAAGCUAGACCUCCCUUCAGACUCCAGGUAGUGAUGAAGAGUGUGUCUAUGGUUUAAUAGAACAUGAAGGAUUAGACACUGGUACCCUUGAUCAUUUCUAAAGCCAAGAUCGUCAAGGUCCUUCCAUAGUUCUUUAAGUCAGUGUCUCCUAAGUGUGGCUGCAGAUUGUGUGGACCUGCAGCUAUUUAUCUCUCACUGCUUAUAAUUAUAGCAUCAAAUUGGAUGCUGAGAAGAGGUUGAAUGAUGCUAGAAGUGUUUGGCCCUAUUCAUAGGAGUAUAUCAUUAAUAAAGAGCUUAUCAUUAGCCAAUGUAAUUAGAAAUGUAUGACUUAGAUGGAGAGUUGUCUUCCUUUCCUAGCUUGUUGAUGACUUGGCAUUCAUAACAUAUACACCAAAAGAUCGGUGUGAUAGUCUUUUUGCCACUCACUGAGUACUCAAAUCUCUCUUUACUUCUGCUCAUUUCUCCAGUGGAAAACAAUAUACCAUGCCAUAGGAUAAUUUCACUACACAGGAAAAUGUGUCUGUAUUUGUGAAGAUAUUUUUAAUGCUGGUUUUUUUUUCCCCCUCUCCAUUUGAGAACUUUGUCAUUGGCCUAAGAAUGUAGUUCCCAGAACAAUUUUUCUUACAAAGUAUUUUCCUUACACCUCUUUGGCUACAGGGUGGGCCAAAUGAUCUCCAUAUAUAUUUUCAUUUAUUGUGUGUGCAGUUUGGUUUAUCAUCUUAAGAUAGUGGUGCUUCCCAUGGUGCUACUUCAUCUGUGUACAAAAGACCAAUGCAUGGUCUGUAUUGCUACCAAAACAUUUACUGUAUAUAUGUGUAUAACAUAUGUAUUAUGUAUAUAUGUAAUGGGUACCAGGCCAGGUUGGUGUUUUUUAUUUAGAAGUGUUUCACUUUUCCAAGUUUUCUUAUAGUGUUAUGCUUGUUUUUGAUUUUAAUUUUCCUGAUUCUGUCUGGUACUUAGAAUUGUAGUGUCUUCAUCGUUAAUUAAAGAAAACUGUCUAAAUGGA